AUGAAGGACCGUGUUUAUGUGGAAAGAACCUUGGCCUUGAUUAAACCAGACGCUCUUCAUAAAGCUGAUGAAAUAGAGGACGUCAUCCGUCAUUCUGGUUUCACUAUUGUUCAGAAACGGCGUGUGCAGUUAAGCGUGGAACAGUGCAGUGACUUUUAUGCAGACCAGUAUGGAAAGCCAACGUUUCCCAGUUUGACUGCUUUCCUGAGCUCUGCGCCCAUACUUGCCUAUACUCUGGCGAGGGAGAAUGCCAUAGCCCACUGGAAGUGUACAAUGGGACCCCCCAGCAUCGUCAAAGCCAGAGAGACACAACCUGGGAGUCUAAGAGCUAAAUAUGGAACAUCUGACCUUCAAAAUGCAGUGCAUGGCAGUGAAUCUUUCAUGGACGCUGAGCGAGAGAUAAAGUUUAUUUUCCCAAACACUAUAAUUGAGCCCUUUCCAUCUAUUCAUAAAACAGAAGAAUACUUGAGCAAGUAUGUUUUAAACCACAAAAUGUCGGACUCUGAACAACAGUAUAUGGAAACAAAUACAGAAAAUGGCUUCACGGGCGAUGAUUUAAAUGGGGCCGGCCACACUGAAGAAGCGGCCGACGGCAAUGGAGUCGCUGCGGCCGAGGAGAACGGCGCUACAGAGGGAAACCAGAUCGACGCGAGCAAAAGCGAAGAGGAUGCAGGAAAAAUGUUUGUUGGAGGUCUCAGUUGGGACACAAGCAAGAAGGAUCUCAAGGAUUACUUUUCUAAAUUCGGUGAGGUCACCGACUGCACCAUUAAAAUUGACCCCAUUUCUGGCCGAUCAAGAGGAUUUGGCUUCAUUCUCUUCAAAGAUGCUGCAUGUGUAAAUAAAGUUCUUGAACAGAAGGAACACAAAUUGGAUGGAAGACAGAUUGACCCCAAGAAGGCCAUGGCUAUGGCACCACCGAAGAAGGAGCCAGUCAAGAAAGUCUUUGUCGGAGGCAUGAACCCUGAAACUUCUAAGGAAGUCAUUGAGGAGUUUUUUGGGAAAUUUGGAGAGAUUGAAAAUGUUGAACUUCCACAAGACCCAAAGUCAGAAAAGAGGAGAGGAUUUGUAUUCAUCACGUUCAAGGAAGAAGCUACUGCAAAGAAGCUUUUGGAGAAGAGAUACCACACAGUUGAUGGAAGCCAGUGUGAAAUCAAAGAGGCUCAGCCCAAGGAAGUUUAUCAGCAACAGCUCGCUCGUGGGGGACGUGGAAGGGGUUCUCGCCAGGGCCAAGGUUGGAACCAGGGCUACAACUACUGGAAUCAGGCAUACAACCAGGGCUAUGGAGGAUACGGAGGAUAUGGAGGAUAUGGUGGUUAUAGCGGCUAUGACUACCCUGCUGGUUAUGGUUACGGCUAUGGGGGUGGCUACGACUACAACCAGGGCAAUACAAGCUAUGGGAAAACUCCAAGACUGCAGGUCUAA